CGCGCUCCCUGCCCGCCCGACACGGCGCGGUCUCCCAGGUGCUCGGGAGCGCGGCUCGGACGCUGGAACCCCUCACUCUUACCCACCCCUCCUCCUGGCCCCGCGGAGCGCGGCGUGGAAGUGUCGGUGCUCGGCCAGAAUAACCAACCAUGACUACAGAAUCGGGAUCAGACUCCGAGUCCAAGGAUAAAGAGCAGGAUCAGGAGGAGAGCCCUGCACAGGAAGGGGCGGCGGAGACCCAGCCUCAGGAGCAGCAGCCGCAGCCGCCGCAGCAGCCGAGCGAGGAGCCCCAGACCGCGCUCGAGCAGUUCUCGGCUGUGGCAGCGCACAGCACGCCCGUGAGAAAGGAGCAGGCUACAGAGAAAGAACAGGAGUUUGCUGCUGCGAGUGCAAAACAAUUGGAAUAUCAGCAGCUAGAGGACGACAAGCUCUCUCAAAAAUCUUCAUCUAGCAAACUUUCCAAGUCUCCUCUAAAGAUCGUCAAGAAACCGAAAAAUAUGCAAUGCAAAGUGACGCUCCUGGAUGGAUCGGAAUAUGCGUGUGAAGUAGAGAAACGUUCCAGAGGUCAAGUGCUAUUUGACAAAGUGUGCGAGCAUCUGAACCUUUUGGAAAAAGACUACUUUGGGCUAACAUACAGAGACACAGAAAACCAAAAGAAUUGGUUGGACCCUGCCAAGGAAAUCAAGAAGCAGAUCCGAAGUGGUGCUUGGCAGUUUGCAUUUAAUGUGAAAUUCUACCCUCCAGACCCUGCCCAGCUAUCUGAGGACAUUACCAGGUACUACCUCUGCCUGCAGCUGAGAGAUGACAUCGUUUCGGGCCGGCUGCCCUGCUCGUUCGUCACGCUGGCCCUGCUGGGCUCCUACACCGUGCAGUCGGAGCUCGGCGACUACGACCCCGACGAGUACGGCAGCGACUACAUCAGCGAAUUCCGCUUUGCGCCAAACCACACUAAGGAGCUGGAGGACAAAGUGAUCGAGCUGCACAAGAGCCACAGGGGAAUGACACCUGCGGAAGCUGAGAUGCAUUUCCUGGAGAAUGCCAAAAAACUAUCAAUGUAUGGAGUAGAUCUCCAUCAUGCCAAGGAUUCCGAAGGAGUGGAAAUCAUGCUAGGAGUCUGUGCAAGUGGACUCUUAAUAUAUCGAGACAGACUCAGAAUAAAUAGAUUUGCCUGGCCAAAGGUUUUGAAAAUUUCCUACAAGAGGAACAACUUCUACAUCAAAAUCCGACCAGGGGAGUUUGAGCAGUUUGAAAGCACUAUUGGGUUUAAGUUGCCAAAUCAUCGUGCUGCAAAGCGCUUAUGGAAAGUGUGUGUUGAACACCAUACAUUUUUCAGGCUCCUGCUGCCAGAAGCACCUCCAAAGAAGUUCCUCACGCUGGGCUCCAAGUUUCGCUACAGCGGCCGGACGCAGGCGCAGACGAGAAGAGCCAGCGCGCUCAUAGACCGUCCUGCGCCUUACUUUGAGCGCUCCUCUAGUAAACGUUACACCAUGUCCCGCAGCUUAGACGGGGCAUCAGUGAAUGAAAACCAUGAAAUGUACAUGAAGGAUUCUGUGUCUGCUGCAGAGGUUGGUACUGGCCAGUACGCCACAACAAAGGGCAUCUCUCAGACCAACUUGAUAACCACUGUGACUCCAGAGAAAAAGACAGAAGAGGACAAAGAUGAUGAAGAGGGCAAAAAGAAGAGAGCAGAGGAAGUCACCCCGAUUUCAGCAAUACGCCAUGACACCAAGACUGACAGUGAGCAGACGGAUACUGCGGCUGAUGGUGAGACCACUGCCACCGAGUCGGAUCAAGAGGAGGACGGAGAUCUAAAGGCACAGAAUAGUCUGAUUAAGCGAAUACAGGGUGAAAAUGUGUAUGUCAAACAUAGUAAUCUUAUGUUAGAGGAUCUAGACAAAACCCAGGAAGAUCUGAUGAAACAUCAGACCAAUAUAAGCGAGUUGAAACGCACCUUCUUGGAAACCUCCACAGAAACGACUGUGUCUAAUGAGUGGGAGAAGAGGCUUUCCACAUCUCCCGUUCGGCUUGCAGCAAGGCAGGAGGAUGCUCCUAUGAUUGAACCACUAGUGCCUGAAGAGACCAAAGAAGAAACAGAAAAAUCAGAAAAACUCAUAUUUUUGCAGAAGGGAGGUACUACAUUCCUUGAAAUGCAGCCAAGUGUGAUAGAGAAGAAGCUGCAGGAAGGAGAAUCUGCUGGCACUUUGGUUACUUCUCAUCAAAUCAUUAUCCAGAAAAGUAUCCCAUCAUCCCUAGAGACUAAACAGUCCACCAGUGAAAAAACCUUGGAUGGUUCAGAUAUCUUCACUUUAAUAGAGUCCGCCAGAAAACCAACUGAGUUCAUAGGAGGGGUUACUUCUACUUCCCAUACCUGGGCUCAGAGAAUAGACACGACGACGUCUCAGGAGAUAACUUCCAGCGACAUGAAGCAAGCAGUUCAGCCGGAUCAGGAUACAGUGCAGAAGGUUGUACAGGAGACUGUAGUUGUCAAGGAGAGACAUGGGCUGGAGGUGCAUGCAGGCGGGGAUCCUGCUAAAGUGGCCGGACUUACGCUGGAUGCCCAGGCUGAGGCAGCGUCGGCGGUGGCUGCCGGCGUGAAAGGGAAGGAGGGCUCUGCUGGGACUGAGGGGGCGAAGGAGGAAAAAAGGGAGGAGGCUGGGAAAGCCCUAACCAAACAGGAAGGAGUCGCUGCCGCUGCUUCGUGUGAGCAGGCGGAGGAGCACAGAACAACAGUCCAACUUUCAGAGUCUUUGGAAAGAAAACCUCAUUUUGAGUCACCAGUUGUGAAGACUGAGACUAUAAGUUUCAGCAGUGUUCCUGCUGCUGGGGAAACCCUUGAAAUUUCAACAAAGGAAGUGCCAGUAGUCCAUACAGAAACAAAAACCAUUACAUAUGAGUCUUCUCAGGUGGAUUGCAGUGCUGACUCGGAACCAGGGGUAUUGAUGAGUGCACAAACAAUCACAUCUGAAACCACCAGCACUACAACUACUACACAUAUCACCAAAACUGUGAAAGGAGGCAUCUCAGAGACAAGAAUUGAAAAACGAAUAGUCAUCACAGGAGAUGCAGAUAUUGAUCAUGAUCAGGCGCUGGCUCAGGCAAUUAAAGAAGCCAAAGAGCAGCACCCUGACAUGUCAGUGACCAAAGUAGUGGUACAUAAAGAAACAGAAAUCACACCAGAAGAUGGGGAGGAUUGACCACAGGAAUAACCUAGAAUGCAUAUGAAUCCAGACAUGCAUACCAGUAGGAAUACGAGAACCUAUACGGAGUCUCAGUUCCAACCUGACUGACUUGUAUCUGUCUAUGGAAAAUUUCAGUACAGAAGAAUUGAUCUUGACCGUUAAUAAAGAAACUGGCAGAGAUACCUUCCCAUAGAAAGCAAUCUGAAUCAGCAGCAGUUAAACAAUAUUGCAUGAAGCGACAAUAAAAUUACAGAAAAGCAGCAUUUUUAAUUUUCUUAAAAUGUCUAAGUUUUCAGCUUUACCUGCACGUUCAUAAACAAUAUAAACAGUGAUCUCAUGUAACACAUAAACAGUUCAUGCCUUUCACAGUUUCUGAAAGUCUAAACAAAUUAAAAUUUGUUAGGUGGCAAGCCUUUUGUUUACGGAUAUUGUAAAUGAAAAUUACCCCGAAAAUGCUAGAAGCUGUAUAGGUACUGUGUAUAAUGUUUUACCACACAUUAGAUGUGCCAAUAACACAGUUUAUUCAGUAAACAACUUGAAUCUUAUAUUUGUUUCAUCUGGUUUUAUUACUGCCCGAUAAAUGAUGAUGAAUCUUUACUCUUAUCAAAACAUAUAAAUGCUUACAAAGUGUGCUUUGUAUACCUGACUGAAUACCUUAUGAGGUAGUAAUGAUUUUAGUAUAUUAACUUUAAUGAUUUUUGUCAGCAUUGUUCAGAGUCAGCUUCCAGUCACCCUUCACAGAUCCUAACCUUGUAAAUUAUAUGUAGUUAUUUUGGAGAAAAAAAAAAAAUCUGUAUUUUACUUAGUUUGCAGCUUUAGAAAAUUAUUAAUCUGAAAUAACCGUGAUGGUUUUCUAUUGAUUUCCCUUUUGUUCUCAGAGGAAAAAAAAAAAUCUGUUUGAGAAUCUGGUCAGCAUUUACUAUCUAGUUCUGAGUCAAGCCUUAACCUGUACAGAACGUCCACUGAAAACUCGCUAGUGUCCAGCUCUAAUACCCACGGAAAGGAUAGCGUCCAUUACACUGUCAGCUGCAUCACAACACAUGGUGAAUGUAUGUUUCUGCAUAGUGAAAUAAAAGUGGUAAAUGCAUCUGAAAUCGUAUUGUUCUGUGUCUAAAAGCACCUAGUGGUCCUUAGUAUUCAAAACAUCAAAAUGUUAUGUUUGUAAGACACCACAGGCUUCACUCAUGUGCACAGUAGAUGUGUUUUGUCUUCAGUGGCUGACACUGCACUGUGCAGACAGUGGGAGUUAGCGGAGAAUCCAAAGGGAUGACAGUGUUCACCUUUGGGCAUAUGAUGUUUGCAAAGGAAAAGGACUGUUUGGUUCCUUCUGUUUUCUCUGGUUGUGUAACAUUUCGCCGAAGCUAAAUGAAGAAUUUUGUUGUUGCUUAGAAAGUAAAGGCCAGUAGUGCUUGAUCCAGAUCCACUCUCAUUUUGUACUUUGGCUCUGAAACAUGGAUAAGAUUGUCUUUAAAGCAGUAUUACUUAUUGGUUCCUUUCUUUUUUUUGGUGGUUUUUUGGUUUUUUUUUUUGCUCCUUUGCCACAUCUCACUGACACCCCCUUGGUAGUUUAAGAGAAAUUUGUAACAAUUAGUUCACCCUUCAAUCUGGUUUUCCUUGCAGGAUUGAAAGGCAAUGGGUACAAGCAGACUUUUCAGGACAUAAAGGGCCAAAUUUGCCCUUCGUUGUUUACACAGGGCUCCCUCCCAUUGAAGCCAAUGGAUUUGCCUUCAGUGGAGAGCAGGAUUUGACCCAGUGACUUGUUAAUAAAUGUUUAUUUUCAUAAUUUAGAAAGAAAAAUAGUAUAUAUAGAGAGAAUAACCUUUAGAUAAUAAUUAAAAGUAAUAUCCCAAGGCUUUUAAAGCUUUGCCCCUAGUCUCCAAAACAUCUUCCUUCCACCAGCCAUUCUUAAUGCCUUUAAAUCUGGAGUGCUAAUGAUGUAACCCCUCCCUGCCCCCGCUGUCAUUGUUACCUCUUGCCUAAUGGCCGAGCAAAGCUGAUGGUCUGUUGUGACCUUUGAUGGCCCUCUCCUCCUCCUCCUCCUCCUAGCCCAAGACCAUCUCUGUUCUCAUCCCCCUGAGUGACGCUAGGCUCAGCUCUCUGGUGCUGCUGGUGCCCAGCGGCGGUCAGGGCUGGAAGAGGUCCUCACCCUGUCUUGGCCGGUGGCACACCAGGUCCUUGCUACUGCAUCAGGAGUUUAAAAAUAGACUCUGAAGCCAUAUCGAUCCUCCUUCAGGUGCCCCUCAUGUUGUCAGCUAAGAAACAGCAUUGUAUUACCUCAGAGAGACACGAGGCGAUCGCACAGCCUUCUCUCCAGAGUUAGCAUUAUAUUUUAGCAUGGCUUGAGGAGAUUGUACUCUGGUGAUCCUGCACAGUAUGUACGCUGUCUAAAGAUAUUGCAUUGUAGGAAGUUAGUCUCCUUGGAAAGGACACUCACCACUAAGAUACUGCCUAAGCGCAUAUAAACUGUGAGGAGAUGAGAGUGGACAGGCAAGGACAUCUCAGUGCCACUGUUGGUAGUAGACCCUUGUUUGGGGGAUGGUUCCUGGAAGUUAUAGCUUUGGUUUUUGUUAGAAACUGUUUCUUGGGUUGUCUGCCUAAUGCUGUGCCACAUGAAAUAAAGAGCACCUGCCUGUUUCUACCAACCA